GGAAGUGUUUCCAUACGAGUCACUGUAGCGUUUAUUUCGCACGUGCAAAGGUUUCUUAGAGGCAUUUACUGGCUAGUUACAUUCUUCAUGACAACAUAUUUUCAGUUUACGUUUAGGUAUUUUUUGGUUUCGUGAUUACAAAAUGUAAAGUUUUAAACGGUAACGUAAUAAUUUAGCUUGGUUAGCAUUGACACCAGAACCCAGCAACACUGAAAAGCGAUUUCAGUCAUUUCCCGUAGGGUCAUGGCUGAUGCGUUCAGUAGCAGCUCGGAAACCGUACUACAGCGUGCGGUGGACGUUAACGUGAAGGCGAAUACCCCCGUGGAACAGCUGGAAGAAUUCUAUCAGAUUGGGAAAACGUGUGAGUUCAUCCGUGAACACGAGUUUGGGAAGGUUGCAUUGCAGUUUCCUGAUGAUCUGCUGGGGGAUUCUGUGGCAAUAGCAAGAGAGAUAGAGAAGAAGUGUAACGCCAAAACAUUUAUUUUGGGAGAUACAUCUUAUGGCAGUUGCUGUGUGGACGAGGUGGCUGCAGAGCACGCUGGAGCCGACUGCAUCGUGCACUACGGCGCGGCCUGCCUCAGCCCGUCCAGAAGGCUGCCCCUCCUCUACGUCUUUGAGAGGAGAGCGCUGGACCGGGAGGCGUGCGCCGCCGCCUUCAGAGAGCUUUACCCCGACACGGAGAGCCACAUCGUUGUGCUGUACGACGUCAACUACGCUCACGCUGUGGGUGACCUCCUUGCACACCUGACCCCGGAGUAUCCAAACCUGGUCUUCUCGGAGCUUGUCGUUGAAGGGGAGCAGUGUCACAUCAGCGGCCAGAUAAGCAGACAAAGUCCCUCAGAGCAGGAAGGCCAGCGGGAGGUUUUCCAGUUCGGGAGGCGUUUCCCUUUGAGCGGCGGCCUGAGCGUGGCCGACUACGCCAUGUUCUACGUGGGCCAGGAGGGAGCCACGCUGCGGAACUUCAUGAUGAGCUGGAACCGCUGCGCCUUCUGCUCCUUCGACCCGGCGUCGGGCGUCGGGCGGGCGGAGUCGGCGGGCGUCAACCGGGCGCUGAUGAGGCGCUACUACGCCAUCGAGCGCGCCCGGGACGCCGGCGUGGUGGGCGUCCUGGUGGGCACGCUCGGGGUGGCCGACUACCUGGCCAUCAUCCGGCGGCUGAAGGAGGCCGUCCGGCGGGCCGGGAAGAAGAGCUACACCUUCGCCAUGGGGAAGCUCAACGUGCCCAAGCUGGCCAACUUCCUGGAGAUCGACGUGUUCGUGCUGGUGGCCUGCCCCGAGAACUCGCUGCUGGACCACAGCGGCUUCUACCGGCCCGUGGUCACGCCCUACGAGAUGGAGGUGGCCUGCAGCCGGAGCAGGGAGUGGUCGCAGGAGUACGUCACCGACUUCCGGCACCUUCUGCCAGGCGGACAGAGUCAUGUGCCUUUGGCUGAUGAGGAGGAGGGCGGGGAUGAGACGGACGUCUCCCUGAUCACCGGGUUCCUGAGGAGCCGAAACCUGCUGAGCAGCGAGCCCCCGGAGUCUUCGUCGGGCUCCUCCGUGGUUCUGAGGAACCCGACGCUAACCGUGGCCAACACCAACUCAGCCGCGUCUUUCCUGGCAGGCCGGAGCUGGCGCGGCUUGGAGCAGAAGCUGGGGGAGACUCCCGUUGUGAAGGCGGCGGAGGGCCGGAGGGGGAUAGCCAUCGCCUACGAAGAGGAGGGGACGCCCUGACCCCCCCCACGCGCUUCUCCACUUAUUUAUUCAUGUACAAAGGUCCCAAAUUUGAAACGUACAGCAGAUGAACUUCCUCCACAAACG